AUGGCUUCCCAGGUUCAGUGCAAUAAGUUGUUUGGAGGGUUUGUCAACAAAUUCACCCAUGAGAGCAAAGUGCUGGGCUGCAAGAUGACCUUCUCGGUCUAUCUACCUCCUGCAGCCACCCAGAAGGCGGUGCCGGUUGUGUACUACCUCAGCGGCCUGACCUGCACAGAUGACAAUGUCAUGCAAAAGUCGGGUGCCCAGCGCAAGGCUGCCGAGCUGGGCCUGGCGCUGGUGGCGCCUGACACAUCCCCGCGGGGCCUGGGAAUCCCAGGGGAGGACGACGCCUAUGACUUUGGCACGGGGGCGGGAUUCUACCUGAAUGCAACUCAGGAGCAGUGGAAGCGGUACAGGAUGUACGACUACGUCCUCCAGGAGCUUCCCCAAUCCUCCAUCAUGGGUCAUUCCAUGGGGGGCCACGGCGCGCUCAUCAUGGCCCUGAAGAACCCGGGGUCGUUUAGGUCUGUCAGCGCAUUUGCGCCCAUUGUGAACCCUUCUGCAGUACCCUGGGGCCAGAAGGCUUUCAAGGGGUACCUUGGGGACGACAAGGAAGCUUGGGCACAGUAUGAUGCCACGGAGCUGGUGAAGGACUACUCUGGGCGCAAGCAGGCCAUCCUCAUCGAUCAGGGAACUGGGGACGAUUUCCUGAACAAGCAGCUGCAGCCAGAGGUUUUCCAGGAGGCUGCUGGUGAUAAGCUGGCGCUGGAGUUGCGGAUGCAGGAGGGCUACGAUCACUCGUAUUAUACCAUUGCGUAA